CACACCAACAAGCAACACUGGGGGCACACACUGUGGGUGCUCAGAAAUGUAACACCGUGCACACACACUGAGUGCUCAGAAAUGUAUCGUCUGGAAAAAGCGCAGCACAGACAGCUCUCCAAACUGGCGCAGAUGGAAGUGGCGCUCCUGCCGAAAGCGCACAGUCGCUGAAGUGUAGCAGCCAUGGCAGACGAAAAACCCAAGGAAGGAGUGAAGACGGAGAACAAUGACCACAUCAACUUGAAGGUGGCAGGACAAGACGGUUCAGUGGUGCAGUUCAAGAUCAAAAGGCACACACCUCUUAGCAAACUCAUGAAGGCAUAUUGCGAAAGACAGGGCCUGACGAUUAGGCAAAUCCGGUUCCGGUUUGAUGGUCAACCAAUCAACGAGACAGACACACCAGCACAAUUGGAAAUGGAAGAUGAAGACACAAUCGAUGUGUUCCAGCAGCAAACGGGAGGUUUUCUUCACUAGGGUCCUAUGUUCCCCACCAACACCCCUACCUCCCCUAAUAAUGUAUUUUCUGAAACUCUGCUUUUGAAUUCCAAAUCGACUUCUUAACUCCUAUCCCUAGGCACCCUCAUGCAGAUCUGAAAAGAUUGGACCAAUAUGGUAAUAUCUGACUUGCUGUGUUAUAGCCAUAUUGGAUACUUCCAAUCCUUUCAGGUCUACAGGAGUAGGAGUUUUGUCAAUUUGGGAUUCAGCAUACCUAGUUCUACAAGUGUCAAUACCGUUCACUCUGAUAUUCACAAAAUGCACAUAACAUACUGUUGUAUAUUAUAUCACCCUUGCAUUUAUUCUGUACAUAACUGAGUGAGGAGUCCUAUUGUCAGGUCCUAUUGUCAGAUCCAGUUUCAUGUGCUGAACUAAUCCACCAAUCAAAGCCUACAAUUCUGGACAAUGUCUUUUGGAAGGCGUGUGUAAGUUCUUUACAUCUAAAUCACCCGUUUUGACGAUUGCUGGUCAGACUUUUCUGUUUUUAUUUUCAGAGAUGGAUUCUUGAUCUUCAUUUUUUUUUACACUUAUGUUGUAGAAGUUGUUUACCAUGCAACUUGUAUUGAUGUUCUCCAAUAAGCCUGCAUUUAAAUUGACUCAUCUGUUAUUGUUGAAAUAAAUGUCAUCUUUUUUA